CCACGAUCUCCCAGCAAUGGCGGCAGCCGCCGCUCCUCUUUGUGUCUCCCGAGCGCAACGUGGACACGGGGCUUGGUGGAGCAGCAGCUGAGUGGUGUGUCUCCCCGUGUCUCUCCGUGUCUCCCCCGUGUCACCCUGUGUCUUCCCGUAUCUCCCGUGUCUCCCCGUAGUACCCCGCGUCUCUCAGUGUCUCCGCCGUGUCUCCCCGUGUCUCCCCCGUGUCUCCCUGUGUCCCCGUGUCUCCCCGUGUCCCCGUGUUUCCCCCGUGUCUCCCCGUGUCUCCCCGUGUCUCCCCCGUGUCUCCCCGUGUCUCCCCCGUGUCUCCCCGUGUCUCCCCGUGUCUCCCCCGUGUCUCCCCGUAGUACCCUGUGUCUCCCCCGUGUCUCCCCGUAUCUCCCGUGUCUCCCAGUGUCUCUCCGUGUCCCCCCGUGUCUCCCCCGUGUCUCCCCCUCGUGUCUCCCCGUGUCUCACUGUCUCCCCGUGUCCCCCCGUGUCUCCCCGUGUCUCCCCCGUGUCUCCCCGUGUCUCCCCCGUGUCUCCCCGUGUCUCCCCCGUGUCUCCCCGUGUCCCCCCGUGUCUCCCCGUGUCCCCCCGUGUCUCCCCGUGUCUCCCCGUGUCUCCCCGUGUCUCCGCCGUUUCCCCGUGUCCCCGUCUCUUCCCGUAGUACCCCCCCCCCCCCCCCAGCCAUGUCGCCCAAGAAGAAGUCGUCGACUCACCGCAAGAAGAAAUCCGGCACCGCCACCACCGCCGCCGUGAGCAAUCGGGACGGGUUCCCCUCGGCUGACGACGCUGGCGACGACUUUGUGUCCGUGCCGGGGCUGCGCCACCGCGUGCCGCGCCGGCUGCUGGCGGCGCACGUGCCGCUGGAGCGCGUGGCGGUGGCGGCGCCGGCCGUGGCGCCGUCGGAUUCAUCAUCGGAGUCGUCGUCGGAUUCGUCGUCGUCCGAUUCGUCGUCGUUCGGCAGAUCCCUCUCGUCCAGCGCCGACCGCUGCACCGGCGGCUCCGACGCCAACCGCCGAGCCGGGGCAGGCGCCGGUGGCUCCGCCGGCCUCCGAGCCGGCGGCGUCGGCGGCCCCGGCGCCGACCGCCGCGCCUCCGCCGUCGUGGGCGGCGCGGCGGCGGCGGCGGUCAGCCCGCCGCCCUGCGGCCCGCCGGAGGCCGAGGGCCUGCACACGGUGCGGGUGCGGCGGGCGCCGGACGCGGCGCUGCAGGCCACGGUGGCCGUGCCCUUCCGCUACUCGAGCUACGACGGCGCCCUGGACGUGAACGCGCGACUCAUCCGCGCCUUCGGGGCCUUCCCCUACCCGACGCGCGAGCGCGCCGUGCGCCUGGCGCGCCGCACCGGCGCCGCCGUGUCCGGCGUGCGGGCCUGGUUCGAGGCCCAGCGCCUCAAGCACGGCAUCAGCUGGACCCCCGAGGAGGUGCUGGAGGCCCGGCUGCGGCUGCGUGCCGACGACGACGACGACGACGACGACGACGCCGACGACGACGCCGGAGGCGGUGAGGCGGAGCCGGAGGCGCCGGGCGGCUCCGGCGCGGGUCUUGGUGCGGCGGCGGCGAUCGGCGGCGUCGCCAGAACCGCCGCCGGCGCCGCCGCGGCCGCCGGCGCCGCGGCCGGCGCCUUGAGCUACGACUGCAAGCAGAAGAUCCUGUGGGAGAGCUACAGGCGCUCGGCCUACGUGGACGCGACCGAGUGCCAGCGGCUGUCGCAGGAGACGGGGCUGCUACCGCAGGCGGUGCGCAGGUGGUUCAAGAAGAAGCGGGCGACCAGCGGCGGCGCCUGGCAACAGCUGCCCCGGAGCAAGCGGCAGCCGUGGCAUCGGAACGUCAGCGGGAGGUUCAUCCGAUCCGAGGAGGCCGGGACCCUCCCGGCAAACGGCGAUCGGAGCGGAGCGGCCGAGUCUUCGGCGCCGGCUUUGCCGCCGCCGCCGGCGCCGCACGCCGGCAAGCAGUGGUCGUGGACGCGGCAGGCGUCGGCACGCACGAUGUGGCAACGGGAGCUGCUGCAGGUGAACUACGAGGCGAACCCGUACCCCUCGGAGGAGACCAUCGCCUGCCUGGCCAGCGAGGUCGGACUCAAGCCGCACCAGGUCAAGAAGUACUUCUCCAACCGCCGCUACACCGUCAAGCUCGCCAGGGAGUCCGUCGGCAGCGGUAACGCCGGCGGUGGCGGCGGUGGUAGUUUUGGUGGUCGUCGCGGCGGCGGCGGCGGCGGUAACGCCGGUGGUGGCGGCUACGCCACUACCGUGGGUUACGCUGAUGGUGGCGGUAACGCCGGUGGUGGCGGCGGUAGUUUUGGUGGCCGUCGCAGCAGCGGCGGUAACGCCGGCGGUGGCGGUUACGCCGGCGGUGGUGGUGGUUACGCUGCAACCGUGGAUCACGCCGGCACCGUGAGUCACUCCGGCGGCGGCGGCGGCGGCGGCGGUAAUGUCGGCGGUGGCGGCGGUGGCGACGGUAACGCCGGCACCGGCGACGCCUGCCGGGCACGCCGCACUCGCCGCACCAAGAAAUACAUCGGCGGCAAGAAGACGUACGAGCAGCUGGCGAUCCUGAACCGGGCGUUUGACGAGUCGCGGUCGCCCUCGCCGGCGCUGUACGCCAGCCUGGCGCAGGAGACGCGCCUGGCCGUGUCCACGGUGCGAAACUUUUUCAACAAGAAGCGCUACAAGCUGCUGCACGCCAAGAGCCAGACGCGGCGCCGCUACGGCUGGUGGGUGGGGGGCGGCUCCGCCCCCCAGCUCAGCCACCGACCAAUGAGCGAGCGCGAGAGGCGUGGCCUCGGGAAUUUUGGCGGGAGUGGAGGGGCAGGGGUCACGGCCAGUUUCCGUUUCCGGGGUCACUAG